AACAAGAUAGUCGUGUUAUUGAUUUCUCAUAAUUUGUUUUCUUUUUUCGGUUGUUACAGAGGAUAGUUAUACCACAAGACAUGAGAGUAAACUUGCUUCCUCCACUUUAUGCUACUAAUAAUUUGCACGUAGAUAUUGAGAAACGAUGGAAGCAUUUAGUUGUAGAGGUUGUUGAUAGUUUGCUUUGGAUUUCUCCUCAACUGGACACCAUAUCUUUUAACGAGGCUCGAGUCUUAAAGACCCUGAAGUUUAUACACGAAGAUGCAUCAAAUGAAGAUGAGAAGUCUUGUUGUGCAUCGCUACCUUGGAAAUGUUGGAGGCAUAAGUUAAAGCAAGUCAAGAUGCAAAACUUUUCAUGUAUGGAGCAACAAGAGUUGAGAGACUAUUUUUUCACAAAUGCACAUAUCUCAGAGAUAAUUGACGUUCCCUCAGAAUGAGUCGAGUCCAAGAUUUUAUUUCAAUACAUGUACCUUAGAUAGAAGCUUCCAUGGGUUCUUCAGUGGGUAUCUUUUCAAACUAAUUUUAUAUCUAAGGACAAAACUCUAUACCUCAUAACAUGAAUAGUCGUUCACUUCAUUCGGCAGCUCUCUCAGACUUUUUCACAUUUAAAAAUGUAUUCUACAUUCUUCUCUGUAGUUUCACUCAGAGCAAGCCAGUCUUUAUUCUGCACUAUUACUACCAUUUUAUGUUUUUCUUUGCUGUAAGUGGAACUAC